AUGGAGCCUGAUUCGGAACAUGCCUACGAACUCCUCCGCUGCCCCUUGCCGCCCAGCAGCAUACAUCUUUUAGACACGAUUCAAGACAUUCACCCAAACUCUCGCGCAAGUCCAGACACUUUGCAACGAAUAGACACAGAUCAUGCCAGCUCAGAGCAACUGACUUCUCCACCAGACUUGGAUGAAGACUCAAACACGCAUCUAACGGCAAUCGACUGCCACGAAGGGAGCGACAGAGAUGAACAUUCAUCACCGAAGUCUGAGUCUGACCAGACCCGAUCACCCGUGCAUUGGAAUGGCUUGCCAUGGUCCAGAUUCCUUGGCGACAUUAUUGCCAUUGCACUUUCAUUAUGCUUCCUUGCUCUGGGUGUAUGCAUUUGUUCUAUCCGAGGACAAGAGGAAUCUGAGUGGUCAAAAAAGGUGAUUGUGGCCACGGAAUUGGCGCCCUCAUUCUGGCCUGUGAUCUUUUCAGGCGUUGUAGGCAACGCUCUGAAGGCAUAUGCAAACUGGCACCUCGAACGUGGUGUCCCACUGAGAGCUUUGGAACAAGUCCUAGGGUCUUUGACGAUGGCCAAUACGGUUCUAUCCGCUUAUGCCCUGUCCAUGAUCAAUAUUUGGACUGUCUGUCUGUUCUUCGUGUGGGCAUUCAAUCCUCUAGGCUCGCAAUCUUCGUUUAGGAGUUUAUACCUUCAGAAUCAGGUGAUGAACCUCGAUGAACGUCUAAGCUAUAAAAACUACGCACUCAAGACUAUCGAGAGCAGCGCCCUCAAUGGAAGUUACAACUGGUUAAUUAAUAGGUCCGCAGUCAAUGCUGCAUAUAGCAGCGUCCUCACCUCUGCCACAUCCGGCACACAGUAUUGCAAUAGUACUUGCAUCGGUUACGACAACCUUAUAGCAAGAUUGGGUGGAAUUCAGGCAGCAGCUGCACAGAUGGCGAUUGACCCGUGGGGCAGUCCUCGAGUGCCCAGCCUAAAGCAUGUAGCUGGGUUUGACGCGUCAAAUCCAGAGAAGUGGCUUGAUGUACCUUGGAAUCAAAGCGUUCAAAAUUACUGUAGCCUCAUUGGAAACCGUGUUCAUGGGAUAAAGACGGAACUGAUUGGAAAUGUUUCGUUCCCUAUCAACGCUAGCUAUAUCGACUUGCAUGAUGUAAGUUCCGAGUUCAGCGCUGCGUUGAUGUUCACAUUCUUGAAGCCCUUUAUCGACUGGUUUGCUGCGAACUACAAAUCAUUCACAGAAAAAUACAAUGCAACACUCGAUCAUCCACCUUACGAAAUGGCUUUGGAGUACUUCUUCGGAGACCCAUCUCGUACGAAAAGGUCUAAUACCUUUAGUUUGGAUUACAACACCACUUACGGACCGGGAACCCAAGGCAAAUCGAAUACUACAAUAUUUGUAGGGGCUGUAAGCGACGAUCGCUAUUGCAUGACGUCAUGCGCAGCAAGGACUAUCUAUGUGAAUGUCGAAGUCUUUUGCGAAUAUCAUGGCAUCGCCGCACAAUCCCAGUGCAGGGUUGAUCGUAUAAGACAGCUACCAGAGCCGCCGCUGUCGCCUUUAGAGACAAUUUUCAGCCCGAAGCAUGUCGCCCGAAGAAUUCCUGACAGUCUGAUGAUCCGGUUCCCUCCCGCGGAUGCAGAGCAAGACCGUGGCUCAAGCUUUUCCGAAACCUUUAUCGAGAAUCCUGUCUGGACUCUAAAAGUGCCACAGGGCAUACACCGUGUAGAGUGGUCCAUAGUCCCCAUGGAGAUCUUCGCAGAUCGAUUCGGUUUACUCCUGAAUACCUUUUUGGAUUCUACCGUCGAUCCCCAGGCCAUACUGGGAGGUAUGCCGGAGAACAAAUCAUGGCUGCUCAAUACGACGUCCGCGGUGACGAUCCCACUCGCCGCUACUUACGCCCUUGACACCAUCUGGAUUGUCGUUUACUUCAUCUCUACUACUAUUAUGCUCACAGCCGCACUCGCCGGGCUGGUUUUCCAUUACCACAGUGACGCGCCACAGAUACUAGGUUUUGUGGGAAGUUUGGCGAAAACCUCACCACACUUCGCCGUCGGAGAAACGGGCGGAAAUAGCACUGAGAGCGGUGAAGCGGUGUCACGACGUCUCGGGGAUACGAAGGUAAUGGUGCUGGAUGAGAAGCCUGACGAAGCAGUUGGAAGAAUUGCGUUCGCUCCGAUGAGUAUGGGAGAUAGAGUGCAACGUGGAAGGUGGUAUGAUUAA